AUGGCGCUUUCUAAAGUCUCCCUCGUAGCCGUUGGCUUGCUGCAAUUGCUCGGCGCGGCGGAGGCUUACGUCCCGGCUGCUCGCUCAGCUACACACUCGACAAUCCUGAGCAGAGCCGAUGACCUCUUACCUGAAUAUGACUACAUCAUUGUGGGCGGUGGCACAGCGGGAUUGACCGUCGCAGACAGGCUUACCGAGGAUGGCAAGCAUUCUGUGCUUGUUCUGGAACGAGGUGUAUUCCUCUCGGGGGGCUUUUGGGGCCUUAUCGACCCGACCCUGACUUUCAACAUCAGCUCCGUGCCCCAAGCUGGGUUGAAUAACCGCAGCAUUGCUGUUAUUGGUGGUCUGAUCCUUGGGGGUAGCUCCGGAGUCAACGGUAUGCAAGCAUGGAAUUUCCACCCGCCCAGUCCUGCGCUGGUCGACCAGUUCGACAUCAAGUACAAUACCGACUACUGGGGAAGCUCUUCCACCGUACACGCUUCCUUCCCCAGCUUCUCUUGGCCAGUUCUCAAGAUGGAGAUGGCUGCGUUCGGUGACAUCUCCGGCGUCGAGUUUCCGUCUGAUUCGGGAUCUGGCGAAACCGGGGCGUAUUGGCAUCCGGCAUCGGUUGACCCGGCCACGGUUCUUCGAUCCUUUGCGAGACCAGGUCACUGGGACGGGAUUGAGGCAACACGCACCAACUACCAUACGCUGACCGGGCAGAGGGUUCUGAAGGUCGGGUUUCAUGGCAAGCGCGCAACUGAGGUGGUUUUCGUCCUGGGCGACGCAACGGACAAGAGCCAGGCCCGGUCGGUCAAGGCAAAGAAGGAGAUUAUCAUGGCCGCUGGUUCCAUCCACACGCCCCAGAUCUUGCAAGCAAGCGGCGUGGGACCCAAGCAUCUGCUAAAGAAAGCGGGUGUGCCGCUUGUUGUUGAUUCCCCUGGUGUCGGAAGCAACUUCCAAGACCAGCCGUUCACAAUCGCUCCCAGCUUUAACCUCACGAACUUCCCGUUCCACCCCGACUUUUACGAUAUGCUCCUUAAUCAGACCUUCAUCGCCGAGGCACAAGCGCAGUUUUUGGCAAACAGGACGGGACCGAUGUCGAUUGCGUCCGGCAACUGCGGUAGUUGGCUCUCGUUGCAAGUAAUUACCCCUCAGUCUUGGAAAAACAUCGCGAAGCGGUAUGAAGCCCAGGAUCCGGCGGCAUACCUACCUAGCGGCACCGACAAGAAAGUGGUUGCCGGGUACAAGGCGCAGCAGAAAGCGCUGGUCAAAUCCAUGAGGAGCAAGGACUCGGCCACAUACAACUUCUUUCUGCGCGGUGGGUACGAGGAGGGUUCCGUUGUCUACCUGCACCCGGCCAGCCGUGGCACCGUUCACAUAAACCCUGCCGACCCCUUCUUCUCGCCGCCCGAGGUCGAUUACCGGGCGUUGAGUAACCCGACCGAUCUCGAGAUACUUCUUGAGUUUACCCCCUUUACACGGAAGUACUUCUUGGAGACGAGGAUGAAAACCCUUGACCCCGUCGAAAUCUCCCCUGGCGCUGAUGUGACGGCACCAGCGGACAUCGAAGCUUGGCUCCGGUCUGUCAUGGUCCCAUCCUCAUUCCACCCCAUCGGCACCGCCGCCAUGUUGCCUCAGAACCUAGGUGGUGUUGUGAAUGAGGAUCUGUUGGUGUGA